AUGUCGAAUCCUAACUUCUGGACAACUGUACUGAACUGGACCUUCGCGCGCGGUUACAUCCGCAUUCCAAUCGUUUUUACGAUUCCUAUCGUCUUCAACAAGUACGCUUUGCAUCAAUUUGAGCCCCUCUUCCAGCAGUGGAACGCUGGGCACAACCAACGUGAUAUAUGGGAUCGUUUGGAGGGGAAGGUUGCACUGAUGCUGGAAGAGGAAGCGGUAUAA